AUGUGCAGCUCUGAGGCGAGAGCCGCCCCUGCCCCGCCCCGCCCCACCCCACCCAACUGGAGGAGGGAGGAGAGGGAUGUCACUGUUGGGAUUGAAGGCGGGAAGGGACGGAGGCGGCGCUGUAAGGGCGGAGCUUGGGAGAAGGGACAGUUCCUCCCUGUGACUGACCGGGUGCGUCCCCGGAUGCAGUUCGAUACCCUGUUUUCAGUGCCUCUGACAGUGGGGACCGAGCUUGAGCGUCCUGGUCGGGGCGCAGAGGCCGGAGACGGGACCGGCGGUCCGGGGCAAGGGAGGCGGAGCUCCCAGGGAGGGCCCGCGGCCUGCGGGAGGGACAUCUCCCGGCCUCCGCGUCCAGAACCCGAGGAUCCUUCAGGGAAGCCAGUACCUGUGACAUUUGAUGAUGUGACCAUGUAUUUCACAGCACAGGAGUGGGGGACCUUGGAGGAAUGGCAGAAGGAGCUUUACAAGCAUGUUGUGAUGACCAACUAUGAGACUUUGUUCUCCCUGGGCUAUUCAAUUCCCAAACCAGACUUGAUAACCCAGAUUGAACGAGGAGAAGAGCCAUUCAUCAGAGAUCAGGGACCUUUGAAGACACUAGAAUUGGCCAUUGGCUCCAGUGCUGAUGGGCAUCUUGGCUUGAAGAACACACAGGGGCAGCUGUAUGGCUGUGCCAUCCCCAGGCCAGACUUGAUAACUCUGACUGAACAAGGAGAAAAGCUAUUCAUCAGCAAUCAAGAGAACUUGGAAACAGAAGACUUUUCUAUCUGCUCCAGUGAUAAUGAGCAUCUUGGCUUGAAGAAUAAAGAGAUGCAGAAGUUUUGUGGGGAUUCUGGAUCUUCAAGUGUGAGACAAAAGGAAGGCCAUGGACAUGACCUUCAAAAGCAGAACUGGUAUAGACCCUUACCAUUCCGCUGCAAUGCAUGCAGCAGGGGCUUCACCCACAAAUCUCAGCUUGCCAAUCACAUUAGAGUUCAUAGACCCAAGAAGCACUUUCAAUGCACUGAGUGUGAUAAGAACUUUGCCCAAAAGUCUCGACUACUCAGGCACCAGUGCCUGCACACAGGUGAGAGGCCCUUUCAGUGCCCCAAGUGUGACAAGAGCUUCCACCAGAAGGGGCAUCUGCUCAAACACCUGCCCCUUCACACGGGGGAAAGGCCUUUCCAUUGUCCUGACUGUGACAAGAGCUUCCGAGUAAAGGGUGACCUGAAGGCCCACCAGCGCCGGCACAGGGAGGAAAAGCCAUUUUCCUGUAGUGAAUGUGGUAAAGGCUUCACUACACAUCAUUAUCUUACGGAUCACAUCAGAAUCCACACAGGUGAAAGGCCUUUCCAAUGCCCAGAGUGUGGCAAGAACUUCAGAGUAAAGGGUGACAUGAAAGCCCACCAGCGAAGACACAUCAAGCCCAGGUCAUUCUGCUGCAGCGAAUGUGAUGAGAAAUUCCAUAAGCAAUCUGAACUCACAGACCACAUUAAGGUGCACACAAAGAAACAGCACUACAGGGCUUUGCUGUUUGGACUGAUGGAUCUUGAUUGGAGUUGAGACUAAACCUAUAGCAUACAACAUGGAUUAUUAAAGUCAGAGUUGAAAAGAAUUUCAAACGUUAUCUAACUUUAAUACAUUCUUGACAAAUUAUCAUUCAGCUUCUGCUGGAAUACCUCUAGUAACAGGUUCCUCACUACCUCAUAAGGCAGGUCAUUCCAUUCUGGGGUAGCUCUAAUUGUUGAAAAUUAUUUCCUUAGCUUGAACCAAAAUCAGAGCCCCUAUAACAACACCUUUUGGUCAUAGUUCUCCUCUUUGACCAAGCAAAAGUUUAGUAUCCACAUCACAACUGUUGAAUAUUAUCUGUCCAUUAAAGCGAAUAAUGGAACUGGUUAAUGCCA